UUCAUAAGUUCUAUAGUGCUAUCAAAGGAAAUGUCUAGUGUUAUAUCCGAGCUACUAAUGCCACAUUCAAUAUCUCCAGAAUCCUGUCUUCAGUCCCGUCUUGGAUAUCAUAUAACAAUUCCAUUUAGUACGAGCAAAGACCUCGAGGACACGUUACUGGAUAAGAUGCAAGAAAAUAGGCAUUCCAGGUAUAGUAUAACAGGUACAUUCGAAAUUACCCUGUAUCCUGUAGACGACACCGGUAGUAUGGACGAUUCUGGUGUAGUUAUGAGAACAUGGCCGCCUGUCUCCAGGCAAUCCACUUGGUGGGUACCUAUCGGGAAACUCAUUGCUGGAGAUGUAGCUGCUUACAAUGGAACUCCGUAUACACACGGCUAAAUGAAUUAUCUUUUUAAAAUGUUGUCGUAGUGUUGCCAAUGCAGCGCCCCUGCAAGCUAGGCAGUGUUGUUGCUUAGCACGUCUACGCAACGAUAUCGUUGCUUUACCUCACUAGCUGUGAAAGAUGGAGUGCUUGUGUUGCUAUGAAGAUGUUGAACUAUAUCAGACUGUCUGCUGUGACAGCAAGACUCCGCACUUCUUCUGCUUCAAUUGUAUGAACAGACACUUUUUGGCACAAUUGAAAAAUAAUAAUAUUGAUAUGAGAUGUAUCUACACAAAUGCAUGCGAUAGUAGUUUCGACGAACGAGAUGUGUACAGGUUUAUGGAUGAGGAUACCCUUUCAUAUUAUAAUCGUGUCAAAGACCAACGCGAUGUAAGAGACGCGAUAAAGGAUAAAAUUGUUACAUGCCCGUUCUGUUCUAUUGACAUGGUAGAUGAAAGAACGAGUAAUAUUACAUAUUUAGAAUGUGUAAAUCCUUCUUGCCUUGAGGUCAGUUGUACUAAAUGCAAAAAGCAAUAUCAUCCAGGUGUUAAAUGUGAUAGUACAACUAAGGAACGCACGUUGAAGGAGGAAACUGAAACAUAUAAGGUUAUAAAAUCAUGUCCGUCUUGCAGCAGAGACAUUGAGCGCGAAUCAGGGUGUAGCCACAUGAAAUGUAUAUGCGGAACAACGUUCUGUUACGUUUGCGGAGAAAACAUAUCGAAAGAUGUAUGGGGACACGGCUGCAAAGUCUUCGACCAACCUCGGCGUUCUAGGCUGGUAGUACGCCGUGACGUGCACCCUAAUAUCGGCGAACGUUCUGUUGGGUACGAAAGGCGUGUACACGCAGAAACAAUCGAGGAAAAUUAUAGACGAAGACAACGAGAAGCUGACGAGUACUACAGGCAGACAGUUCAAGAAUCUGAUGAACGCUAUGCACGCGCACAAGAAGAGACAGAACGAUAUUAUGGAGAGAGAAUAGCGCGGAUAGACGCUGAAAUAGCGCGACUAAAUACCAGGGUGGCACUCGGUGAAGUUACUCGAUCCACACUAUCGCAUCUGAGAACCCGUUACAACGCUACAGACCCUGUAUCUCUGUAUAGCGGCGCUCGGAAACCUCUACACACAGAAACACGCGCUGCCAGUCGCGGUUUAACGUACGACGCUCAGAGACUUCCCGUAGUUCGACACAGGCAAGAAGCGCCUCCACUUAGAAGAACAGGCCGCAUGCCCCAUGAUGAUCCGAGAACAGGAUAUAACAGCCCGUAUAUCAAAAGGUCUGGCUGGAACUAGCUUGACAUGUAAUGCUACUAACAGAACUAUCUGGAAUAUUCUGUUGUUGUAUACUAGUAUGUAGCAGCCUGG